AUGGUGAACUGGAGGCGGCUGCUGCGAAUGUCCAACCGAUCGUUCCUGGCCUUCAUAUUCUUCUUCUCCAUGUCCACCACUUGUCUCUACUUCAUUUAUGUGGCUCCUGGAAUAGCCAACACAUACUUCUUCAUGGUGCAGGCUCAGGGCAUCAUGUUGAGGGACAAUGUGAGGACAAUUGGCCAGAUGAUCCGAUUGUACACCAACAAGAACAGUACACUCAAUGGGACGGACUAUCCAGAUGGCAGUAACUCCAGUGAGUACCUGGUCCAGCCAACCACGUACCUGCCAGAGAACUUCACCUACGCCCAGAACCUCCCCUGCCCACAGCGAUUACCUUCUAUGAAGGGCCUUAUGGAAGUGAACAUGACAGAGAUCCCUAUGGAGGAGAUAGAGCUGAAGUUCUCCAAGCUUUUUGACAUCGAGUUUGGAGGCCAUUGGAAACCAAAGGACUGCAAACCUCGCUGGAAGGUGGCCAUCCUGAUUCCAUUUAGAAACCGCCAUGAACAUCUGCCCAUCCUCUUCCAACACCUCAUCCCCAUACUGCAGAGACAGCGCCUGCAGUUCGCCUUCUACGUCAUCGAACAGAGCGGGAGCCAGCCCUUCAACAGAGCCAUGCUGUUUAACGUGGGAUUCCUGGAGGCCAUGAAGGACUUGGACUGGGACUGCUUAAUCUUCCAUGACGUUGACCACAUCCCAGAGAACGACCGAAACUACUACGGCUGUGGUCAGAUGCCACGCCACUUUGCUGCCAAGCUGGACAAAUACAUGUACAUUCUUCCAUACAGUGAGUUCUUUGGUGGUGUGAGUGGACUCACUGUGGAGCAGUUCCGCAAAAUUAAUGGCUUUCCCAAUGCAUUCUGGGGCUGGGGAGGAGAGGACGAUGACUUGUGGAACAGGGUUCACUACGCUGGUCUAAACGUGACGCGACCGGAGGGAGAGAUCGGCAAGUACAAGUCAAUUCCUCACCACCACAGAGGGGAGGUGCAGUUCCUCGGGAGGUAUAAACUGCUGAGGUAUUCCAAAGAGCGGCAACACUUGGACGGCCUCAACAACCUCCACUACACCCCCCUCGUCUCCCUCAGCAGCCUCUACAAGAACAUCACGGUGGACCUGUACCCCGAGCUCGCUCCCAUCGCAGACUACUGAACUGCCCCCACCCAACCCCCACCCGACCCCCGGUCCAAAACCCCCAAGCUCACCCAGCUCCCCUCCGGCCUGGCCCUCCUAGCGCCCCGCUCAGCCCCUCAGAGGCGGAGCGACGGUGCAGCGGAGGAGAGGAGGGGGGGCACAGGCCGGGAGGGGUGAAGAGGCGCACCAUGUAAUGCUGCCAAGAAAUUUUAGAGAGGGAAAAAAAAAAAAGAAAAAAGAAAAUCUAAACCGAAAAAAUGAAGAGGCAACGGCAAGUCUCUCAAAGUGAACUGUUGAUUGUGUGUCAGUGAAUCUGUGUGCGUGUGUGUGUGUGCGCGUGUGUGUGUGUGAUUGGUGAGUUGCUGCAUGUCUUUUUUUGUCCGUGCUGGCUUAACUACUACGAGUUGACAUGAGUCUUGGUUUAGGUCGGAGGGAGCAGCAGCAUCUCAGCUCUGAUGUUUACUGCAAAGCCUUAAUGUGGCAGAACCACAGCUCCCUCCGCUCGGCUCCGCACUGCUUCACUUCUGAUGUAUCACCGUCACCUUACAAGCCAACAGACAAGAUCUUGUCUCACUUUUUACUAUAAUUUGUUUUAUACAUAUCAUUUUACUAGGCCACAGUAUUCCUUUUUAAAAGGAGGGAUCUGAGUGAGGUCGGCGAUAAUGUUCGUGAUGUACAUUUUUUUAAUUUUAGAUUUUUUUUAUUUUGAUAUGUGGUAUUUAUUUUCUCUGAGUCAGGGUGUUUGAAGAAGCACUCCUGUCUGUGUCACUCAAGUGUUUGCUGUUUGUUUUGCUGCACUGCUGCUGAAUCCGCAUGAACAUGUAUGUAAAUAUCGGCCUCUUAAAGCUCGAACACAGAACACAAAUAUGUAAAUAUGGGCCUUUAAAUGCUCGGGCAUAUUACAGUGAUAUUCCAGUGGGUUUGAAUUUUAUUUUGGCAGCUACCUUUGUUCUGAGGAUUUAAUAAGAGUGAGUGGUUUCUUCCUAACAGGAAGAUCUUCUAACAUUUUAGGAUGUUUGGCUUAAAAAAAAAAAAAAGAAAGAAAAAGAAACAUACAGAAGCAUCCAAAUCUCGAGAUUUGACAUUAUCUUUUGCAUGCCUUAAUUUAUUUUGUUUACCAGGUUUUGUUCUUUUCAAACCUAAAUUAUUUCAUCAGUUGGAGAUGUGUAUAUUUUUAAUUUUGCCUUUUCUUGUGCUUUGUUGCGUUGUUUUCUUUGAGGUGCACUGUGUGAAAAAGAGUAGAGCUGCUCCUCAGACGGAGGGAGGUGUGAACGAGUUCCUCCUCCGUGUGCAGGGAGCAGCGUCGGCCAUUACAGCAGGAGUGUGUCCACACAACAUGCUUUAGUACAAGUACAGGUUCACGGUCUCAUGUGAGCGUAUCUUUUAUGUCACAGAUGUUUGUUUUUUUUUUGUCUUUUGUAUGAUUUUUAUUCAGAUGACUUCGUGCUGGACCAUGUGAUAAAGCUCUUCAUUGUACUGUACCGUGCUCUAAAGCAUGGGGACUUGGGCUGGAUGCUGUGUGUGUCUGGACUGUGGUGUUAUUCUUCUUUCUUUUGAAGCUUGUCAGGCAGUCAGAAGGGCCAGAAUGAGAGAACUGUGGCGUCGGCUCCUCGAGCCUGAAGCCACUGCUGUUCUUGAAUGGCACAUGCUGUGAAAAGUUUAAUUUCUUAAAGCUUUGAGCACUAUAAAGAUGAAGAGAAACAUGUAGAUUAUUUUUGACCAGAUGUUCACUGUUAAGAUUCUCCUCUAUAUCUCUAGGUUUUGACUUUGACCAUGAAUUGUACGUUUGGACAUUUUCUUUGAUUGUACGUCCUGAGAUGUUCAAUUCGGUCUCUGGCUGUUUUCCUCCCAGGCGCCGUAUCUCCUGUCCUGUAACACUGAUCAAUCUUGUGAAUUGCUUUUGAGAUGAGCCCUCGAUACACUGUGUGAUUUUUGGUCUUUGGCAGUCGGUCCAAUCUGUCGUCCUGCAUCUCACUGUGAGUCCUUGAAUGACCAAUUUAAAACUUUGGCGACCAAAAACACGUCAGAGCUUCAGAGGCACAUGGUUUCUGUGGGACUGCUUUAAACCAACCAGUCAGAACAAGACGUGAAACUCUCUGCCUAGCCCAACGCGUCAGCCGUCACUGUAUAUCUGCUGUCAUUUAUCACAUGUUUCUGAUGAAGAUCAUGUGUAAUGAGCUCAAUUACAAAAUAACUACUAAGUGAUCCGUGAGCUGAGAUCCUGACAAGGAGUCAACGUCACUGUCUAGACAAACGUGGCAGCAGACGGACGAUGUGUGUUGAUGGUGUGUGUCUGAGUAUUCCUCUCAGAGACUAAAACGACAGAUCUAUAAAUCAAUCUGAUUAUUGACAGGAAGUGCAUCUGCAGUUAAUUAAUUGAUUCGUUUGAAGUGGAAAUGAGCAACGUUCCAAACCCUGCAGUGCCGUCGAAAAGACAUUAAGUUAUCUGAAAUGUAGAAAAAUCCAAAAGCUGUUUGACGCUGAUGUCAUACUGGAGGUUUUUAAUUUUGCAAUUGCCAAAUAUUGAUCUGAUUCAUGGAGACGAUGAUCAGCAGAUUGAGAGUUUUAAUGUUGUAUCGCUUAUUGAGAUUCCUUUCGAACUGACUAAACGUUCUCAGAGUGAUGGCUGCUCAUCACACAGUGUGCCGGGUCUCCACUCGUGCUUCUCUCACCACGUGAGAAGACGUGUUUCAAUUCAUUCAGUUGAUUUUAAAACUGAAUGAAGGGGGGAAAAAAAGUGUUGCACCGCAGUUCAGAGGUGCUUCAGUGGUGUUUUUAGCUGUAAUGGUAUUACAGAACAAGUGUUUUAUUAAGAUUACUGUGUGUGUGUGUGUGUGUGUGUGUGUGCUGUUAAUAUUUGGAGUGACACACACGUGAAAGCCUGUCGUGAAGCAGUUGGUCCGUUUUUUUGACAGGAAAUGGGUUCCAGGUGUGAAACGGCCAGAGUGACGUUUUCUGGUUUAUUUUCUCUAGUUUUUUAAAGCAUUACAUGUCAAGUCAUUACACCCGGGGCUCCUCCGCAAACACUGCAAGGACUUGUGGGAAAUACAGUCUUCGAGCCCUCCCACCCCUCAGAAGCCCUUGCAGCAGCAUUGGUCGGAGCAGCCUGUAUAUGUUUACAGAGUUUUAUGUUCGUUUUUUUUUUUCUUUUUCUUCCCCUCAGAAAGCAGACGUGGCUGUGAAGCUCGCGCUCCGACACCGUGUGGCUGCUUGUUCAGCCACUAAGCUUUAACAUUUCAUAGCAGCGAUGAGAGAGGAGAGCGAGUCACCGGUCAGAUGUGACUGUAGUGCUGACGUCUCUCUCUUCUAGUCUCUCCGGUCAGUGUUGGUUUAGCAGGUGACUCUCUUAUGCGAUGCCUUUCUUAGCUUAGUACCACAUUUUUGCAUAAGAGAAGAAACCAGGCCUGUUUAGUAAAGUGCGAUCUGACUGUGUAGCAGUAACACGGAGUGUUUGGUGAGAAGUGGUGGACGUAGCCUGGCUGCUCGCUUCAUCACAGCGUUACAUUCAUGACUCCUGGUGAUCAGCUGGUCAGGGUGUACACAGUUACAGUACCAUGUAGUCGUAGACCCCCUCCACCCCCGCUCUGAUGCUACAGUGUAUAAUGAAGCAGUAAUGCCUUAAUUAUGAAUUACUGUUUGUGGUGACGUAUCAAAAUAUCUGAGAAGCAGUAUUCAGAUUUUUCGUUUGUGUUCAGUGUUCAAAAAUGCGAAGCCCACAGAAAGCGCUGGUGCCGUGCCACUGCUUUAUACGCAACACUGUUCGUCAUUCUUGGUAUCUCGGGAACAAAUGACAAAAAAUGGGGUCCGUUUAUUGAGAUGACGUUCUGAAGAGCAUGAACUGCAUGCAAACCGAAACACUCCUGAGUGAACUCUUCACCAGGCUUCGUCAUGUCGUCCUGACUUCUGCUUUCUGUGUCCUCUCCCCCAUCACACACUUAAUGCUCUGAGUCAUUUUAUAAAAACGCAUCGAGCAUCUUUUCUUCUUCUCUUCUGGCAGCCUAAAAUGUUGUCAUGUAUUACAUUGUACCAGUAUUGAGUGGAGUUUGCAGGAGUUAAUUCUGAGUUUGAAGUUAUCAGCAAAGUGCUGUUCAGGUGUCAUUGUUAAAGGGUAACGCCACCAAUUUGCACACUUGGAGUUGUGUUUACAGGUCUUCACAGGAGAAGAGCUUGUAGAAUAAAACCUUCUGUGGCUCCAGAGGAAGCUGCAUGUAAUCUGAUGAAUUGCCUCCAGUAAGUUGCAUUGUGGGUAAUGUUGGCCAACUGUCUGCAGGUGUGGGACUCCUUAUUGACAACAGGAGAUAACACCUUUUUCGGUUCAUCAGGUGACACGCAGCUUCGCCUAGAUCAAAAGAAAUGGUGAAAUAUGGCAGCCACAGACGGCAGUAACCAACAGUGCUCACAGGCAGAGCACCGGCCUGUUACGUGUCUUUUUGGUGGCGUUCACCUUUAACGACCGAAGCAGCAUAGACGGGGUCCAGCUCUACAGAGUGUUGAUAUGAGUCAUCUCAGAGAGCAAAUGACUGAACAAAGUGUUUCCCAGCACGACGAGGUGUGACGGGGCAGUCAGCAUGUAGCGCUUCGUAUCAGGCUGCAUUCCAUUUCUCUGGUGGAUCUGCUUCGUAUCUAGUUUGCAUGGCAGAAGCCAAAACACCGGUCCAGGUGCCAAACUGGAAAAAGAAAAUCUCUCUUGGGUCUUUUGAAAAUAAUAAUUGUUCAUGCUCG